AGUUUGCCUCUUUUUUUCCCCAUAAAAACUACUUGAACCGAUUAAUCGAUUAUCAAAACACUUGCAGAUUAAUUCAGCAGUCGAUUACUAAUCGAAUCAUCGAUCAAUUGUUGCAGCUCUACACGAAACCCUGAGGCCUGACAGUGCACAAAGCCCUUGUCCCAGAUAACAAAGAACAUCUCUCUCACUUCAUAAAAUCCCAAAUUCCCUUGCCCUAUAUUCUCACAAGUAAAAAAAAAAAGAAGUUAACAUCCCAGCACCAGCAAGGCCACGGUUCCGUUUAUAUAUAAAUAAAACAGCCGAAAGCCCUUGGCCUAUUUUUUUUUUCCCCUGCUCUCUCUCUCUCUCUCUCUCUCUCAAUGUUUGACACAGGCAGUUAGCAGCAGAGUUUGCAGCUAUUACGUUCGUUUAAAAAAAAAAAAAGGACCUCUGGCUUCUGCCAGGGGAGACUCACAUUCACGCAAAGAAAGCAUUGGGGAGGUGUCGGUUUACUGCAGAGCUAAAGUCCACCGCUGUGUCGUCUUGGUUAAUCUCUUCAAUGCAGGAGGCAGGAAGCGGGGGGAAGUGGUGAAGCGGCAAGAGAAGCUGGCUGCACACAAAACUGCUGCAGUCGGCGAGAGAGAGGUCAGAUGUCACCGACGUGCCGCAGUAUGUGACGAUCAUAUGGGGGGAAAACAAAUGCUCCCCUGAAUCAGGAAUAUCUACAGGUUUGUCGCCACACGCGCUGAUAGGAACAUAUCAUCAUGGGCCAGCAGUUCUCAUCAGACGAAGAGAGUUCCCGAGCGAAGGACGCCAUCGGCUCCGCCCUCUACGCCGCCAUGUGGGAGGCCGGCGCCGUGCCCGACCUGGGGGUUGUCCACCCGCUCCUCCUGGCCAAUCACGAUGAGAGUCCCGACCCCCAGGGCCGCCUCCAGGAGCAACUGCGACAGCUGCAGGGCGACUUUGGGACAAGGGCGCCCGCCUACCUGAGGGAUCUGAUCGGCCGACUGACGACCUUCUCGGACGAGCCGCGCCUGGCCGGCUUGGUGGGGUUAGUGGUCACCGUGGUGAUGGACAUGGCGUGCACACGGUCGCGCUGGUCACCGGGGGCCAAGGGGAAGUCAGCGGGGUCGUCGCCGUCGUCGUCCCAGCAGCGAGUGUGGGAGCUCCAGGAGGUGAUGGAGGAGUACCUGAAGCGCUGUCGGAUCAACCUGAGCGACGCGAGCAGGCUGAUCGGCGACUCCGUGCGACUCGAGGCGCAGCUCAGCCUCACCCUCACCCAGCUGAAGGCCUGCCUGCUGGGGGGAGACUGCGACUCCAGGUCUCUGAGGCACUGGGCCAGCGGAGCGGCAUUCCACACCCAGAUGUUGGUUCACCUGGCCGGACUCGAAGGUCGGGUGGAGCCCCUGGCCGCGAGGGCGGCGCUGGAGCAGUACAAGGAGGACCUCACCCAGAUCAUACCUGCAUACAGGCGAUACAAGUCGGAUACAGUGCGCGUCGUGAAGUGUCGCGGGGGUCCCCCGGCGGCGCGCGACCCCUCCGACGACCUGCCAGAGGAAGGAUCCAUGACGGGGCUCACCGUGACGGACAGAGAGACGGGAAGGAGUGUGACCCUCUCGUUGUCCGCCCUGGAGACCGAGACAGGGAGCAGAGGGAGGGCCUCUGGGCCUGACGACACGUCCGUGCCCUCCUCCGUUAACCUGGACCGGAUCACCUCAGAUCAAUACGCCCGGGCGUACCUGGGGCGCCUGUUCUCCGACGAGGGGCCUGUGGCGCAGCUGGGGGACUACUUCAACAAGGCCGGUGACAGCCUGCGAACGCCGCGACCUCCAGCGGGGCGCACGGACAGGACCGGGGCGAUUGACGGGGCGGGGCGGGGCGACGGGCCGCCUCCUGAAGACCAGGCGCAGGGAUCGGCCGGAGAGCGGAGGGCGGACGACGGGGGCGAACGUGAGGAAAGACACAAUUAUCUGGAGGUAUCGGAUCAAAGGGAUGAAAGUUUGAAACUGAGCAUCAUGGAGACGCAGCCGGGGGAAAGACUCAAUCACCAACUCGGAAACCUUUCAGCAGUUGAUUAAAUAUGAACAAAUAUGAACUCAAAUUUGAUUGUCUGCCAGGCUAAUUACUCAAGGUACUCAAAGUGUGAGUCACUCAUUCUCAGCUUUUGUGCAAUUACUCAUUACAGAGCAUGGUCAGUCGUCAGUGUGUGGCUCCGCCUCCGAGACACGGAGAGUUGGUCCCAGUAUAGUGUCAAAUACGGAGGAAAAUGAAGGCACAAAUCCAACUGUUGCAAAUUGAAAUUCAUUUUCCCUUGUGGACAUGUCCUUUGAAAACCAAUGCCAUAUUUGAUGAUGGUGAAUCACGAGGUCUGCAGUCGCACUUCGGUGGUCGCUACGCGCCGCGGCGGAACGGAUACGUCCGUCCUUUUUUUGCUCAAAGUGUCGGUGGUUGUCGUGAGUGUCAACCUCACCUCCUAAUAAACUUGUGCUGUAUUUAACACACAAAGAUUUCCAAAAAUGCAAUUGUUACAUUUGUCACCAUCCUGGAGGAGGGAUUUGGUUUUUGUUAAUUCAAAACUUCAUUUAUAAACAAUUUUGGUUUUAGAAUUGAAACAGUGGACGCGCUUUUAUAUGAGAGAGUGGGGCAGACAGCGCCCCCUGGUGCACGUUGUCCCUCUUUUAUUCUCGUUUUUCCUAUGUGACUACCUCUGGUGGGACAUGGAUGGACAAAAGGCCAAAAAAAGCAACUCUCAUUAAUUAUCUUUUUUAUUCUUAAGCAGAAGAGGGUCAGAGUGUCCUCAUGUUCUCUACCUGAUGGAAUGUGUUCGGGUGGCCGUGACAACAAGCACAUAUGUCUGGAUCUGUGUGUGUGUGUGUGUGUGUGUGUGUGUGUGUGUGUGUGUGUGUGUGUGUGUGUGUGUGUGUGUGUGUGUGUGUGUGUGUGUGUGUGUGUGUGUGUGUGUGUGUACAGUUGGUUGUAACGAAAGCGUCGCCCCGGCAACGGAAAUUUGCCACAGUAACUCGACAUCAUCACGCCGCCCACGGCCUCUUAGCAGAGAACAGACGCUGACACAGAGUAACCUACUGUCGUAUGUGUGUGUGUGUGUGUGUGUGUGUGUGUGUGUGUGUGUGUGUGUGUGUGUGUGUGUGUGUGUGUGUGUGCGUGUGCGUGUGUGCGUGUGCGUGUGCUGUUACGUGGGUGUCUGCGAGUCAAAGAGAGGAGGACUUGGUCGUCAACUUCUGCCAAGAGAAAGGGUGGGAGACAAUCAAGUGAGACAAGAAACAGAGAGAGAGAGGGACUGAAGACGAGUGAAGGGGGGGAGGGAGAGAGAAAAGAGAGACGCUUUAAUGUGAGGAAGAGAGAUGAUAGAUGUUGGAGACUUGACUUUAAAUCUUUUCUAUUGCACUGAUAUUCAUGCUCAGAGCAAAAAUAUUUUAAUUUGGCAAAAAAACCCUGACGAGUGACGAGAGCAAAAGAGUACGAGGGGAAAUAGAGAAAUCUCUCAUGUGAAAUAUGUGUAUCUGAAGCCGAAAACCCAUGUGAAAUAUCAUUCUCUCAUAAAGUUGUUACAUCCAACGUGUUAGAGAAGCAAUCACCUGUUCACCACAUGCGGCGAUGGGGAGAUGAGUGAGAACAACAGAGCUCUGAAUCUCUGUGGGCUCGUCAUAUUUCAUAUCACACAUACGAGUCAUCAUGGUCGUGAAAAGAUAUCGACGAGUGCAACUCGGGGAGCUGAAUAAGACCUGAGGGUGUUCAAGCACCAUGUGGUUGUGCAUACAUAUCAUGGUUACAGAACUGUGUACAGGCCCUGUGGGCUCUUUUAUUGGUUUCCUGACAUGGAACUUGCUUGAAAUACAUAAUCGCAUUUUUUAUUGUGUCCUUGUCAAAAGUACGCUGGGGGGGGGGGGGGACAAAACUCGUACACACGACCUAAAACUAAUGGCGAGAAGUAAUCUCAAUCAGCGACGCGUUUGAGCACCUUUUCAAAGUCGUGUUAAAUGCGAAAGGAUAAAUAUCUACUACUGUGCACAUGAACCGCAUCAGCAAUAAUAUGUGUACAAGCCUCUAUUGUGGGUUAAGUAGACUGAAAUAUCCAAUUUGCUGCUUCCUUGUGUUAAACAAACACACACACACACACACGCACACACACACACACACACACGCACACAUACCGGAUCUGGGGGAGAGUUCAUGCUCUGGUAUUUGCCCGACAUUUAAUUUCAAUCCGGAACAUGUGUGUGAAACACCUGCUCUAACAUGGCUACAUACACACACACACACACACACACACACACACGAACAUGUCAGCUCACUGGUGCCAUAUUUUGUGCUCCUCCCUUCUCUCUCUCUCUCUCUCUCUCUCUCUCUCCUGCUCUUCAACAUGCAUUAACCUUCUCGACCCAAUAAAUGCCAUUUGAUCUGCUGGACGUGGGACGGCAGGGUCGGAGAGAGUAACUCCGAACAUCUGAAGGACAGAAUCAUCGAGGAGAUAUGUGAAAAACACAUGGUAAAAUGCCUUUUACCUUAAAAUUAACAGAGAAGUACUAACGCUCCUUCCAGUGUUGAAAAACUGCAUGCACAGUAUAGAGGGGUUUUCUCAAAUCUUAAAGAAAAUACUGAAAUCAGUCUCGUUGUCCUAUUUAUGUCUGUUUUAUUAAAAAGCCCUCGCUGUCAAGUUCUGAACCAG